UGCAACAUACAAAAUAUACAUAUAGACAUACACACAUACACAUAUAAUUAGUUCUUAAGAUGUAUUCAAAAAUUUUAUUUAAGCAGUGACAAAAUGAAAAUAAAUUUAGAAUGAAUUAGAUUCUCACUCAAUGCAAGUCUUUCAUUACCCCCCACCAGCGGUAAGGUUUGUUAGAAACUACAUUGUUUAAACAUUUUGGUCCUUCGAGCCGGAUUUAGCGCUCAGCCAAAGAAAAAGUCCUGCUAUUAGAAAAUACAGGCAACUAUUAUGAAUUUGGGAGUACUAUAAGCCUCUAAGAAGAAAAAGAGCAUUACUUUGCAAAAUAAAGAUACAUGUAAGCCGGAAUAAUAAAGGUUAUCCGCAUUUAUAGUAGUACAUAUAUAUAUACAAUAUAUAUGUACAUACUUUUCGUAAAAGUAAAAGCGAAAAAGUAUGUAAAUAAUUAACAAAUGAACCAAAAACCAUAUAAAAGAAGCAAAUAUGGACAAUAUGGUAAGACAACAACAGGAGUUUGGAGAUCUUGCUGUACUACAAGCCAUCAAUACAUAUGAAGAUACUUCUGUUAUUGAAAGAAGAUAUCAACGUCGAGCAAAAAAGCUCAAAAAUACAUUGGAAGAAAUUCAAGAAAAUGCAUUGGAUUCUCUCGAGCAAAUGAGAGAAUUUAAAAUCAAGCUUCAAAUACAAUUUGAAUACGUAGAAGAAGCUUUCUAUGAAAUCCAAGAUAUCCAUUUCAACGGCUUGGCAAAAUACCUGCUAGAAGAAAAAAUGGAGGAUUUUCGAGAAAAAUAUAAAAUUACACAGAAAAGAAUAACGGAGAAAUUGGAAAAAUACGUUACAACCGGUUUCGACCCUAAAACUGCUUUUAAUGUAAUAUCUACAGAAAAAACAGAUUUUACAAAGUUCUCUCUGAGGAAAACUAGCAGAGAAUUAUUCAAUUCAACGCAAGCUAAACCUGCAAGUUCACGGGUUGUUACAUAUGAUUUUCCUACUCGUAUAUCAUCGGCACCAUUGAAUUUUAACACUGAUUUCACUGGAACUUCAUUGUUUGGCAAUGCUGCCGCUAAGUCCGUAGGGCUUUUUGGAUCCACGCUCGGUCAAGGUGCAGCUAACAGAACUAGUGGAAAUUUUCGCGAUGGUGAUGCAACUACUCUUGGCACCGGUACCACUUUACAUUGUGAACUUUUUGAUAAUGGUAAAAGUACUUUUGGCACCGCUACCACUGUUGGACCCAAUGCAUUUGACGAUGGAAAUAUGCCACCGGAGAGAUUUUCCGAAAGUGACGUGAAUCAUGAACUCUGUUUAACUGAAGAAAAAGAUACAAAAGGAGUUUUUACUAAGAAACCCGAAACCGAGGAUCGCAAAAUCGAACAACAAAUUGACAACGAAAUUAACCAACUCGAAGACAACAUUAAAACCAAACCAUUUUAUAUGAACGAAGGAAGGAAGGAAGAUAAAAAUUUCCAGCAAUACAGGAGAAAAUCGGGCAUGAGCAAGAGAAUAACCAUAACACAGAUUCCGGCAACGAUGAUUGGUGAAGACGUUCAUGUUAAGACGAUAUCAGACAAAGUGCACUAUAACUUUCGCCGGCCGGCAGAUUCUCACUUCGGAGAAAUUUGGGAGGCAGGAAACAAAACAAUUAAAGCAAUUAAUGCUAAUCAUUCAACUAAACCAGAAGCAUCAAUAAAGGGAGGUAUGAAUAAAGUGAACAGCAUGUUGCAACAACGUCAGGAAAAACGAAAAUUCCUGCGAAGACAAUGAUGUACAUGUAUGUAUGGUACUUAAGUAACACAAUAACAUACCGGGAACUUGCCAUAUUGUUUGGUGUAACAAAAUCUACUGCGCGGCAUAUUGUUCGACUGGUUUCGCAUUGAUUAUUUCAAUAAAAAUAAGGAAAAAAAUUCUAGGUGUAAUUGGUGCUAUUUUACUCAUAUAACAAUUAACGGACCAGUUAAUGAUAAGCAUAUUUUUUUUUGAUAGGAAAAGAAACUACAGCAUUGUUCUACAGAGUAUUGUCGACGCAGAUCAAAAGUUUCUAGAUAUAUACUGUGGCGAACCCGGGUCUUAUCAUGACUGACGAGUGCUUAAAAGGUCAGCAUUUUAUAGAAAAGUUGAGAGUAAUAUGGAAAAGCUCCUUGCGCAACCUCUAAACCUUUUUUGAUUGACCCAAAACUUUGUAUAUACUAGUUUUUGGGCUAUUCGCAUAUUUCUAGGGGGUGCGAUCGAGAAUCCAGAAACUUUUUUUAUCCUCCAUACAACUAAGGGCCACCCUAAUGUACAUGCAUAUAUAAAACAAUAAAAAAAAAAAACAAUUUUUUUAUCUAAAAAAAACAGUUCAAUGCUGCGUUUUUUUAGCAAUGACUGUGCUGUUGUUAGCCGCACAAUUAGUAAAAAAACACUAAUUACUAAACAAGUAUACAUAAAUACGUUAUUAUUAGAACUUACAUUUUAGAAGAAAUUAGCUAUUUCAUUGCAUGCUUAUGCUUUUGUUUACAUUUAUAUGAAAAACAAUUUUUUUCUUCCGUAAGUGUAUUAACUCCUCCUUCUAUCGCUAUAGCACUUCAGGAAAAGUAGUGUCUCGGCCUUUGUCCAAACUUUUCUUUUUCUGUAUCUAAUAUAUAAAAUUCUCGUGUCACGGUGUACGUUAUUGAACUCCUCUGGAACCGCUCGACCGAUUUUCGUGAAUCUUAGCGUGCAUAUUGGCUAGGGUGGAGAAUCGGACAACAUCUAUUUUUCAUCCUCCUAAAUGUUAAGGGUGGUCCACCCCUAAAAUUUUUUAACUUUCCGCGAAGAAAAUUAAAAAUUUUCUAAAAUCGGGAAGUUAUUGGUUGUUGAACUUCAAACCGAUCUGGCUAAUUUUAGUCUUGAAAUAUUUGUGGAAGGCCAGAAAAAGAUUAGAAAGUGAGUAAAUAUGGAAAAAUUGCGAGGAAGAUAUCAAUAAGAAAAUUUUAUUCGAGUUGACAAGAAAAAUAUAAAAAGAGAAAACAAAAAAAUAAUAUUUUGAAGGUCGUCAUUGUUGCUUUGUUAAACUAUUUUUGUUAUUAUUCAAUUGUAUAAGGUUGUGUCGAUAGCCCAAAACAAUUUGUAAUAAAUAAGGAAAGGUUAAGUUCGGGUCAAACCGAUACUCUCGCAAUUUAUUGAUGUAAUUUUAUUAAGGUAACACACAAUUUGACCUAUAUUUUCGGCAUAUAGUCCAUUAGAAAAUCAUCAUAUAUAAUAUAUGAGGGCUGAAGUAAUUCCAGAACCAAUUUCACUCAUUUUCACCAAGGUUCCAAGGUUUCCAAGGUUAACGGGAAUAGGCACCUGUUAGUAGGUAAACAAACGGCACAUUCGGCCUUGAAAUUGUUGAAAUUGCAAAUGAACGAAACACCAGUCGGAAAAUCGCCAAAAAUAGCGCUAUAUCGAAGAUUUUCCAAAUAUUCAAGAAGUCGCUGGAGGUACUGCACAGGACUUUAAAAUAUCUUGAUUGUCGAUAAACGUUUUUGGUGGAGCCAGGAUUCUGUUAACAGGUGAUUUACGCCAGACUCUUCCAAUUAUUCCUGGAUCAACUGUUACUGACGGGCUAAUCGCAUGUCUAAAGUCAUUUAAUUUGUGGUUAUAUGUCGCCAAUUAACAACUAACAUAUGAUUGUUUUUGCAACAAUAUCAAAUUGCGAUUGUAGAAGCAGUUGGAAAUGGUAGGGUCGCAGUUGACACCUCGAUGGAUUAAUAGCAUUUCCAACAGGUUUCUGUCACUUCAUUGUUCAUAAAUAUAUGAACAUGAAAUUUGUAUUAGAAUAACUUAAACAAAAUAAUAUACAGUCCACUAAAUAUAAAAUGCAAUGUUAAGAAACAAAAUUGUAAUAUGAGACUUGAUCAUAAAAAUCUGAAAAUCAUUGCAUGUAAAAGAAACCACAUAAACAUAUAUGCAUUAAUAUGCAACUAGCAUACAUUAUAUGUUGCACGCAUACAUGCAACACACAUACACUUAUAUGAGGCACGCAUGCAUCUAUAUGCAACACGCAUGCACUCAACUAUUAAUGAACAAACAUAUUUGUAUGCACAAGAUAACCUAUUGGUUAUAAAAAUACAUUUGGGCAAUUGCUUGUAUGCAUUUGAAAUAACUCCUUGUCGUGCAACAUACAAAAUAUACAUAUAGACAUACACACAUACACAUAUAAUUAGUUCUUAAGAUGUAUUCAAAAAUUGUAUUUAAGCAGUGACAAAAAGAAAAUAAAUUUAGAAUGAAUUAGAUUCUCACUCAAUGCAAGUCUUUCAUUACCCCCCACCAGCGGUAAGGUUUGUUAGAAACUACAUUGUUUAAACACUUCAUUGACUUGAAAGAGAAGUUUUCCUGACAUGAAACCUCAAUAUGAUAACUAUAAAUGACUGAUUGAAUGACCUAUAUUGGUGGUAAAAAAAAACAAAGAUAUCGAUGAUCUUAAUGCGACAAUUUAGAAUUUCGGUCCAGGAGAGUUGACACAGCUACAAACCAGGAUGACGUAGUCAAUUAUCCCAAACUAUUUAAAAUUGCCUGUACUAUCACCACUUACUUUGCAAUUAAAAGUAGUGUGAGUUGUCAUCAUGCUGCGCAACAUAAAUCGACCUCGAGUAAUCAAUAUCGUCGCCGAAGCCAAGAUUGGACCAACUUAAUUUAAUGUAUACCUUAGCCACAACAACGUGUGGCCGGGUCUGCUAGUGUAAAUAUAUAAAAAUAAAUCUAUAUUUAUGUAUAUUAAAAAUUCGUUAAAACAUUUAAAAAUUCUAACUCACAUUUUCUAGUUUAUUUAAAUUUAAAUAAAUAAAUAAUAAUAAAAAUUGGUUGGAAGAUCCACUAGAAUA